AUGAAGAAUCGACGAGCAAAAUCUCACAAAAAAAAUAUAAAAAAUGAAGAAUAUGUUUAUAUUGAAUUAGAUACUAAAUGCAGUUGUCCACAAUCAUCUACUAGUGAUCAUGCAUCUAUACAAUUCGCUCGUCGUUAUCUUGAAUGUCAAGGUUCAAUGCCUCUUCGAAUUCUUCGUUCAUAUAUUGAAAAAGUUUUACCCCAUUCACCGAUGACACAGGUAUCAAUUUAUGAUUCAAAUGAUCGAUUAUUAAAUGAUUCUAUUCGUCUAAAAGAUCUUUCAUUAUCAUCAUCAUUAUAUAUUCCUCUACGUUUUACAAUGAUGAAUACUAUAACAUCAUUUGGUCAUUGUUUAUGUUUAUCUCCAUCAUCACCUAUAAAAAAUUCUUCAUCAUUUUCUCCAACAAUAAUUCAACGUGAAACAAUCAAUCGAACAUUAUCAACAUGUCCAUUAGUUCCAACACCGCCUCAUUCACCAUCUUCAUCAACAUCUAGAUCACCAAUUCUAUCAACAACAAAUCCAAUGUCAAUUAUUAAUCUAUUAACACCACCAUCUCCGCCAAAUUAUUCAUCAUUUUUAAUUGAUAAUAUUGUUGAAUCAAAUACAAAUGAUCAAUCAAUAAUUGAUAAAAUAACAUCAGAAUUUGGUGAAAUAUGUCCAUCAUUACCUAUAUUAAAACCAAAACGACAACGAAUAUUUAAAAAACUUAUUCCAAAAUCAUCAUCGUCAGAUAUUCCUCUGGAUCUUUCAAUAAAAAAACGUCCAUCAUCAUUUGAUUUGUUUUCUAUACAAUCGAAAUGGUUAAAAAUGAUCUAA